AUGCUCGAUUCUUUUCGCAAAAAUCAUUCGGCAGCCAAAUCGUCCAACAACAACAACAGCGUGUCGCGUAAUUAUUUUAUUCCACCUCUUGAUAAUCCAAAACAAUUGAAAACAGCGCUUAGGCUUGUAAAUAAUUUGUUUCCCUUUGUUUCUAAAAGAGUGCCGCUACCUACUCUGACGAACCACACGGACUGACAACAAUAAUAACACCAACUCGCAGUGCAGCCGCCAAGGACACGAAUUGAAUGAAAAUAGUGCAGCUAGGAGCAUGAAACAGCAUUAAAAACAAUAAGCAAACAACACCAAGUACAAAGUUUAUAAAUAAUAGAUCAAUUAUUAGAUAUCUGUUAUACCUAACUAAACUCCACAUAAUACACUUCAAGUGUAUUUUAAACGAGAAAGUAUUAUUAAAAUCGAGUGCAGCAAGCGAAGGAAGGGGCGAUCUGAGCCAGAUUUACAGCCAAAUUAGCUUCCAGAAUGGCAGGCAACAAUAUGCGACAGAUUCCAUUGACCUGCAGUGGACACACCAGACCCGUGGUGCAUUUGGAUUUCAGUGAUAUAUGCGACAGUGGCUAUUUUCUCAUAUCGGCCUGCAAAGAUGGCAGCCCAAUGCUGCGUCAUGGCGAUACUGGGGACUGGGUGGGCACCUUUGAGGGUCACAAGGGCGCCGUCUGGGGCGUUGCACUCAAUCGGAAUGCAACGCUGGCCGCAUCGGGUGCCGCCGAUUUCACUGGCAAGGUGUGGAACGCGGUGAGCGGCGCCGAGAUUCACAGUUUUCAGCACAAGCAUAUCGUGAAAAGCGUCGCAUUUGACAACAGCUCCGAAAACAUUGUCACCGGCAGCAAUGAGAAACUGGUGCGAGUCUUCAAUCUGGAGCAGCCCGAUGCGGAGCCGGAACUAUAUAGUGGUCAUGCUGGUGCUAUUAAGCGUGCGCUGUUCUGUCGCGAUGACAAGUGCAUCAUCUCGGCGGCAGAUGAUAAGACGGUGCGCCUUUGGGAUCGCAUGACCGGCAUCGAAGUGCAGCGACUGCAAUUCCAAAAUAAUCCCAACAGUCUGGAGAUCUCGCGCGAUAACCAUGUGCUAACCAUCACACAUGGCUCGACCAUUAGUUUCUGGGAGGUGGACACACUCAAAAAGCUGAAGGAGGUAAAGGUGCCAACGAAUGUGGCGUCGGCCAGUUUGCAUCCCGAUAAGCAUGUGUUCGUCUGUGGCGGCGAGGACUUUAAAAUGUAUAAAUUCGACUAUAUAACAGGCAAUGAAAUUGAAUCUUUCAAGGGUCACUUUGGUCCAGUGCAUUCAGUGAAAUUCAGUCCCGACGGUGAACUGUAUGCAAGUGGCUCCGAAGAUGGCACCCUGCGUCUGUGGCAGACAACUGUGGGCAAGACGUACGGCUUGUGGAAAUGCACCGAGCCGAAUGAGCUGAACAACUCCUUGAAUUCGCCACGCGAGGUGCCGGCAAACUGAUGUUGGAGAAGCACAACUCGCUGCUACACAGCGCAAAUACCACCAUCAUAUAGAAAACGAUCGACAUAAGAAUCAGAAAAGCAUACAAUUUUUACAUACAUAUACAAAUCGAAUCACAUAA